AUGUUGCUAUCAGCCCUUGAAGUUCCUGAAACCGCACCACUAGAGGCUCAAUACGGUGCACAGCUAGCUUGGUCUACUGGAUCUCGCGCCACCAUCGCUCUUGCACAAGAAUGGCUUCGCAGUUGCCUCCUAAGUCACGUAGCAUGCGUCGAUCAGAAGAAAACCACUGCGUUCACUCGGAAGUUGCCGAGUAGGCUGAUUAAGCUGGGGUCUGAUGAGCCUUACAUUGUCAAUACCUCUGAUCUUGCUUACGAUACUGCCUAUUUGACUCUGAGCCACAUGUGGGAAGAUGCACAAUUUCUGAUGCUACUCUCUGCGAACAUUGACCAGCUGCGCGUUGCGAUUCCAAGCGAGGGGCUUAGCCAGACGCACCGAGAUGCCUUGUCGAUUACGCGCAGUUUGGGCUACGACUAUAUCUGGAUCGACUCACUAUGCAUUAUCCAAGAUUCGAGCUCCGAUUGGAGGUCUCAAGCCGCCCUCAUGGCUUCUGUCUAUGGCAAUUCAUCCUGCACUAUCGCAGCUGCAAGCGGAACUGGUGAAGGCUGCUUCAUCAUUCGCAAUCCCCUCAUGCAGCGAGCAUGCCGUCUAACCGAAGGCAUCUCGACCCAAGACUCCGGCGUUUACGCUCAUCCAUACCAUUCGUCAAGGUGGGGUGAUUACUCGAACCGCUAUUACAUCAACAAUCCUAUCUUGAAACGUGCUUGGAUCCAGCAAGAGCGCAUACUGUCACCUCGCAUUCUCUACUUCGGCAGUGAAGAGCUUCACUGGGAAUGUUGCUCACUCCAAGCCUCCGAGUCGUGGCCCGGCGGCCAGCCCAAUCCCGAACACGGUCAUGACUAUGUGUACCCUCUCAAAGCUGCAUUUGCGACUCAGCUGAAACCAUAUCGGGAUUGGGACUUUGAUGAUUACCACGCCUUCAUUUACGAGCUGUGGCACUAUGGGAUCUUCGAAGCAUACACUCGGGCGGAAUUGACAUACGAGAAAGACAGACUUGUGGCAUUGGCAGGUAUUGCUGAAGUGAUCCAACACAAAACAGGAAUGACAUACGCGGCUGGGUUAUGGAGAGAGCUCAUGCCUGCAGAGCUUUUGUGGAUGAAUGGCGAAGCACCAAAACCAGGCCAAACCCAUCUCACAGAUAUGCCAUGGCAAGCGCCGAGUUGGUCUUGGACUAGCAGCACAGGAUACAAGAGACAUGACGUGGGCGCUUUCUGGAAAGUGCUCCGGACCGAUGACAUGAUCUAUGUAUCUCGUAUCCUGGCAUGCGUCGUAAAUCCUCUCGUGAACGAAGAUCAAGUGCUUGGCGAAGUUGUUGGAGGAACCAUCACUGUCACAGGCUUUCUCGUCAGAUUGCCAAGGACGGGUGUGAUCGAUGAUCGUGGUGCACGUGGGCACGUCAGAUUUGACAUCGACGUUUCAAAAUUCGAUGAGCUGUUCCACCUUUGCCUCCUUCGAUUCAGAGACGGUGAGGGUCGCGCGGCGAACGAGGGGUUGAUUCUGACCAGGAUGGAAGGUCAAGGUCAGUCAGCGGAAGGUGAAGAGUACUAUGUACGUGUGGGCGUGUUCGUCGGUUCGUACCUGCUCGAGUCAGGCUGCGUAUUCGAUGGUCUUGAAGAGGUUUGUGUCAACAUACACUAG